UUACAAUUUGAGAGUCCUUGACCUUUUCAGCCGGUGAGAGGAAGUGUGUCUCUAUUUUACGCUUGUAGAAAACAGGAAAAGAAACAAAUAUGGCUGAACCAUUGAGAGUGCUUGUAACUGGUGCUGCUGGUCAGAUUGCUUAUUCUUUAUUGUACUCUGUGGCAAAAGGAGAUGUCUUUGGACCUAAUCAGCCAAUCAUCCUUGUUCUUCUGGAUAUUCAACCAAUGUUGGGUGUUUUAGAAGGUGUUGUCAUGGAGAUGAUGGAUUGUGCUCUUCCAUUACUAAAAGAGGUCAUUCCAUCUGUUAAUGAAAUGGAGGCUUUUAAAGAUGUUGAUGUAGCAAUGUUAGUAGGUGCCAUGCCUAGAAGGGAAGGAAUGGAAAGAAAAGAUUUAUUAGCUGCUAAUGUUAAGAUAUUUAAAUCCAUGGGACAUGCAAUUGAUACACAGGCCAAGAAAAAUAUCAAGGUAGUAGUUGUUGGAAAUCCAGCCAAUACCAAUGCAUAUAUUUGUAAGAAAUAUGCACCAUCCAUUAACCCAGCAAACUUUACAGCACUGACAAGACUUGAUCAAAACAGAGCACAAGCACAGAUUGCUGCUAAGCUAGGUGUAAGUAACAGUUCUGUGAAGAAUUGUGUCAUUUGGGGAAAUCAUUCAUCUACUCAAUAUCCAGAUGUCAACCAAGCCGUCGUAGACUUAAAUGGAAAGACCAUGCCAGUACGUGAAGCUGUAAAAGAUGAUAAUUGGCUAAACAAUGAAUUCAUCAAGACUGUCCAGCAAAGAGGUGCAGCAGUUAUUAAAGCUAGAAAAUUAUCUAGUGCCAUGUCAGCAGCAAAAGCUAUUGUAGAUCAUGUAAGAGACUGGUGGAAUGGAGUACCAGACGGUACAUAUGUAUCAAUGGCAGUCCCUUCAGAUGGAUCGUAUAAUAUUGAAGAAGGUCUAAUCUACAGCUUUCCUGUUCGUACAAAACCAGAUCAUACCUAUGAAAUUGUUAAAGGAUUAACUAUUAAUGAUUUCUCCAGAGAGAAGAUGGAUGCCACAGAGAAAGAGCUAUCGGAAGAGAAAAAUAUGGCUCUUAGCGUGUGUGAAUCUUGACCAGCUUCUAAAUUGUAGUUGUCUCCCUUAGAACAAUCAUGUUUUCUGUGGCUGCUUGUAUUGUAACUGUGUAUAUUUUAGAACCUCUGUCUGAACUGCAUUUUCAAGAACAUUAACGAUCCUAAACCGGAAUAAAUUGACUAAUCUUAAACUUUUUUUGGAAUAAUCUGUAUUUUUAUUAUUUAUUCAUAUUUUAAGGAAUUUUCUACAUAUUUCAAAGGUGAGACACAUUUUUCUCCACGUACAUUGUAUUUUUAGUGCUAUUGACUUUUUACAUAUUAGAGUGUGUUGUACACAUUCGGCCUACUUUCGUAUGACAACUAUUAUAUGAAAUAAAGGGUAUAACAGUUUGAUGUGGAUUGAGGUUUUUUGGUGGAUUGACAAUCGAUGGCUGCACGAUAUAUCCGACUUGCAAUAUGAUUAUUAAUAUUGAUUAAUGGGCCGUCCAUUUACAAUGUAUCACAAAAUCUCAAUAAAUAAUUAACUAGUA